UACCGGCCCCGGAUCCUUCCAGACGGUUCCACAUUUUCUGCGGCCACAGAGAACUGCUCUGGUUUAAUCCUAUUACAAGUCAAGCACAAAGGGAGAUAAGAGGUUUAUGUUUGUGUUCCUUACAGAGUGAAUCUCUCCCUCUCCCUCGAGGCAUCAGGAGAGCUACGUAUUUGGUCCUUUUGACACUGGUUCUUAUCGCUGCCACAGCCCCUAUUGUGCUGUGUUGAAAGAAAAAAAAAGGGGACAUAUUGAUAAUAGGAUUGCUGGUGAGGGCUGAGGAGAUGCUGAUGAUGAAUGAAGAUCAAGUGCAUGACAUAAUCCAGAGAUGGCGAAAUACUCAAGAAGAAGAUUUGAAGCCUGAGGACCGCCAGCAGUUCAAGAAUUUGGGAUGGGCCUGUCUUAAAGGGGGCGACAGUGAGAAACUCCUGAAAUUCAUACAGGAUGAGAAAAACCAGGGGAUUGUGACGUCUAUGGGCUGUGGCCUCUUGGCACAUCUCGUUAAUGAAGAAGUUAAAAAGAACAACAGUCUCGAUCACUGCAAGGCCGCCACCCGACACCUCACCAAGACGUGCAGACCACAUGAACUCCUGCAUAGCUUCCUUGAAAUUAUUGAAGACAUUGAUCCAGGUGCCAUUUCUGAGACCAUUGAAGCCCUGGUUCCACAUCUUCAAACAGUCCUGCUCAGGGUGGAUGAGAGGAAGGCAGCUUGUGUGGGUCGGGCUCUGUCGGCCCUGCAGAGGCAGCUGUCCCGGCUGCCUGUGCCUUACACCCAGCAGCAGGAGGAGGCGGAUGAGUACGGCCUGUGUCGCUGCCUCACCGCCUUGACUGUGUUUACAAAGACUUUCGUCGAAGAGUUUAAGAGGAAAGGUGGACGCUGUGCGGCGACUGCUGACGACGAGGAGCUGAAGACUGAGCUUCUGAAAUUCUGCAUGAGGAGUUUGAGAGAGCCUUUGCUUGAAGCUCAACUGAAUCAAAACAGAAAAUCACCUUUGUGGCUAUUUGCAGUAGAGAUUGUGGUCACUCUACCUGCCAUCAAAGUGUCACUUUCAGGGCUCCUGUUCUUCAGCUCUCUGAGAAAAAGUCCUCUGAUGGACGACAGUCAGUCCAAGGAGUCCCGAGCAUGUCUGGCCUACCUGCUGUUUGUGCAGCUCAUAACCCUGGAGAGUUUCCCAGCUGUGUUCAGUCCUGUAUUUGUUCUUCAGUGCAACAUGGAAUACAUCAAUCAGCUGCUCAGUAGCAAAAAAGAAUCACACUUGCUUAAAGGACUGAAACUGUUUGACAAAAGCUUGGAGAGUGUGGAGGACAACAGCCUUCCAGUGAGUCUACUGGACCUGAACAGUUUCAAUACUGUACCGCAGAACCUGCGUAAAGUUCUGACUGACUGCCCACUGCAGCAUCUGAGAGAAUCAGGACUGCAGGUUUUCCAGCUAUUUAUCAAUAAAUUAGACGUUGAAGCAAAGCACAAGUUCUUCAGAUUUAUGUUAAAAACAAGCAGCCACGCAGGAGUUGAAAGUUACAUAAUCAAGAACAUCAGGAAUCAGAUAGAAUUCUCCAUGAAGCCGGGAAAUGCCAAUGAAUGGUUCUUGGGAACGGAGCUUCUCUCAUUGCUAAGACUGGUGUUGAAUUUACCCCAGGGAGCCGAGACAGAUUUGCUCAACAGUAUGGACAAGAUAAUGGAGAGCUUGAGUCUUCUCCGCUUUGUGCUCAUCAGAGACAAAGAACUGCAGAGCAACGCCGAUGUGUGGGAAGAGCUGUGGAGGAUCAAAGAGGAAUACCUAAAAAUGCUGCGCGUGUGCAUCAGCAUGUCAAGAGCCUAUUAUUCCAAUGAACUGAAAGAUCUGAAGGAGAACCAAAAGCUAAAAGCAAAAGAAGCCAGAGAUGCUGCUAGAUCCAACAGACUGGUCAAAAGCACGACAGUAAAACAUGAGAAAGUGUCCAAGAUGUCCCCAGAGGUCCAGCACCAGGUGUUGCAGAGUGCGCUGGUGACAUUUGACCUGAUGGAGAGUCUGAUUGUCCGUAUUGAAGAGAUCACAGAGGAAAAGGUGGCCAACGUAAACUGAGGCUGCGCCCGUGUCCCUUCAGACUACAAACACAGUUUUAUAUUAUUUUUU